AUGUCUUCUUGAGCUUUAGAGGCACGGAUUUGCGUAACAACUUCCUCGGUCAUCUGUACAAAGCUUUAGAGAAGAGUGGAGUAUACGCUUUCUUUGAUAGCGAGGAACUGAGGAAGGGAGACGAAAUAUCGCCAGUGCUUAUGAAGGCCAUCGAGCAAUCGUGUAUCGCAAUAAUCGUUUUCUCGGAGAAUUACGCUUCCUCACAAUGGUGCUUGGAGGAGGUAGCGAAGAUUAUGGAGUGCAAGGAGCAAACAUACCUUACCGUUCUACCAGUGUUUUAUAAAGUGGACCCAAGAGAAGUGAGAGGAGGGAGAAAGAGUUAUGGGAAAGCUCUUUCUAAGCAUGAAUCCAAGUUCAGGAAGGAUUUGGAGAAAGUGAAGAGAUGGAAGAAAGCUCUUUUUGACGCCGGUAGCUUGUCCGGUUGGCAUUUGAGUGAUGGAGAUGAAUCGGAGCUCAUACAAAGAAUUGUGAAGGAAAUCUCCACUCACUUAGACCGAUCACCUUUGCAUGUUGCUAAGCAUCCGGUUGGGAUAGAUUCCCGAGUGGUUAAGCUGGAAUGGAUGUUAAACCUUAAGGCUCAAGAUAAUGUUGUCAUGGUGGGAUUAUGGGGACAGGGAGGCAUAGGGAAGACAACUUUAGCAAAAGCUCUUUAUAAUACUAUUUUUAGACAAUUUGAGGGUUCAUGUCUUCUAGCAAAUGUUCGAGAAGCUUCAAAAGAUUCUAAGGGUUUAGUUCUGUUGCAAGAAAAAUUACUGUCCGAGAUUUUGAUACUACAACAAAGAUUAGAAGUGUCCAGUGUCGAUAAAGGUAUAAACCUCAUACAGCAUAGACUUCGUCACAAAAAAAUUCUCCUCAUCCUUGAUGAUGUGGAUGACUUGUGCCAGUUAAAUGCUUUAGCUAGCGAAGGCAAGUGGUUUGGUGGUGGGAGUAAGAUCAUCAUUACUACAAGAGAUAAACAUUUGUUGACUUGUCACGGGAUAAAUCAAGAUCACAUCUAUGAAGUUAAAGCACUAGAUGAUAGUGAAGCUCAUGAGCUGUUAAGUAAGCAUGCUUUUCCAACACAACCAAAAUUGGAAAUCGGGACCGAUCUAGUUGACGGUGUUCUGAACCUUACGAAAGGCCUUCCUUUAGCACUUGAGAAACUUUCUAGAGUACCUAACAGUAAAAUAAAUGAUGUGCUCAAAAUAAGUUAUGAUGGACUAGAGGAAAAUGAGAAAGAGAUUUUUCUCGAUAUUGCCUGCUUUUUUAAGGGGAAGAAUAGUGAGUACGUAGAGAAAGUUCUCGAUAGUUGCGAUCUUGAGGCAAUAAUAGGAUUGGAAAUUCUCAUGGAGAGGUCCUUGAUAAGAAUUGGUUUCACAAUAGAAAUGCAUGACUUGAUUCAAUUCAUGGGUAUGGAAAUUGUGAACCAAGAAUGUCGAGAUGAUCCCGACAAACGCAGUAGACUAUGGCGUCACGAUGAUGUCUUCAAUGUUCUAUCGGGCGGCGUGGGAGAUUGUGCUGUAAAAGCCAUAGUGUUGGAGCUACCCGAGCCAACAAAGAUGUGUAUUGGUCUUGAUGCAUUUACGAAAAUGAGAAGGCUGAGAUUGCUCAUAUUAUGUAACGUGCAUGAUACUUUCCAAGGUCCUCUAUGUCUUCCUGAUGAGCUUAGAUGGUUUGAAUGGCCUGGAUGUGCUCGCGGGAUUCCAGAAUUUUCCUCAAGUCCUAAGAAAUUAGUGGGACUUGAUAUGCCUAAAAGCAGUAUCGCAGUAGUGCCAAAACAAUUUAAGGUGAGCAUUUCCCUCUUGACAGAAUUAAUUCUGGCGUGGAACAAUAUUACUAGCCUUCCUACAUCCAUCAAUAAGCACGGUCGUUUAUCUCUGUUGCAUGUUCAAAGUUGCCAUCAGUUAAAAGAGAUUCCCGAGCUGCCGCCACUUUUGAAUUUCCUUUUGGCGGACGGUUGCGAAUCUCUGCAAAAAACUGGAGGUUUAACUUCAUUUCACAAUUUUGUCCCUAGAGGGUUGGCCAUGGCUAAUAUUUCCCCGCCUGACCAGCAGAAUACUGGUCGUUACAUGAUUUGUCUUCCUGGAGAAGAGAUCCCGAGGUGGGUCCUCCCUAUUGAAGAUGAUUCUGUAUUCUUCAUGGCUUCAAAGGAAUUGUAUGGCAAGUUUCUUGGAUUUGUUCUUUGUGCGGUUUUAAAUUCGAAUCGUAUCUGGCUUGAGUAUUUUAUACCAUCCAAGUUGUGGGGAGUAGUCGAUUUUGGUCAAACUGAUGGGGGUUAUGCACAAUUUAGCCUUAGAGUAUCGGGUGGAAUCGUGAAAAAGUGGGGAUUCCGAAUAAUAUGUAAGCAACUAGAGGAUGAUUUAGAGGUUGUGCUUGAAGACAAUGAGCUAAUAGAUCCAGCUUUACUCUAUGAGGUUGCUCAUGAAUCAACAGAUUCAGAAGCCUGA